AUGGCCACCGCCGCAUCGACGGUGGGCCACUACCUUGGGCGGCGGCUGGUUGAAAUCGGCGUCGGCGAUAUCUUUUCCGUUCCGGGAGAUUUCAAUCUCCUGCUGCUCGAUUAUUUCGUGGCGGAACAGGGGUUGAAUCUCGUCGGCUGCUGCAGCGAGCUCAACGCUGGGUACGCGGCGGACGGCUACGCCAGGCGGCGCGGCGUGGGAGCCUGCGCCGUGACGUUCACGGUGGGCGGGCUGAGCCUGAUCAACGCCGUCGCCGGAGCUUACUCGGAGGAUGUUCCGGUGGUGUGCAUUGUGGGUGGGCCCAACUCCAACGAUUACUGGAGUAAAAAGAUUCUCCACCAUACCAUUGGGUUGCCCGAUAUCGGUCAGGAACUACGCUGCUUUCGAAAUGUCACGUGUCAUCAGGCCAUUAUUGAUAAUCUUGAAGAGGCACAGUGGGAGAUAGACAGAGCAAUUUGCAAGUGUUUGGAAAAAAGGAAGCCAGUUUACAUUAGCAUUUGCUGCGAUCUGGUGGCCAUUCCUCAUCCCUCUUUCUCAAUCCAUCCACUCAUCCCACUCUCUCCCUCUACCAAGCCAAGUAACAAGAUGGGUUUAGAGGUGGCUGUGGAGAAGGCCGCUCAGCUAUUAAAUAACGCCGUAAAACCUGUGCUGGUCGGCGGGAAGAAGCUGCGAGCCGCCGGAGCCGAGGCGGCGUUCGUGGAGCUCGCCGACGCAUGUGGCUACGCCGUCGCCCUUACGCCGUCGGCGAAAGGCCUGUUUCCGGAGAACCACCCUCAUUUCAUCGGCACUUACUGGGGAGCCGUCAGCUCCGCCUUCUGCGGCGAGACGGUGGAAAUCGCCGACGCCUCGCUCUUCGCCGGCCCCAAUUUCAAUGACGUCGAAACCGUCGCCUUCUCGCUCGCCUACAAAAAGAACAAGGCCAUUAUUGUAGAGCCCAAUCGCGUCGUGUUUCCUAAUGGGCCCUCUUUUGGGCCCAUAUUGAUGAAGGACUUCCUUUGGGCUUUGGCCAAGCGACUAAAGCCCAACCCAACUGCUUAUGAGAAUUAUCGUCGGGUUUAUAUUCCGGAGUCGGGUCCCCUCCAGUCGAAGCCGGGCGAGGCCUUGCGGGCCAACGUUCUUUUCCAACAUAUCCAGAAAAUGUUGACCGGUAACAUGACUGUGAUUUCUGAGACAGGCGACUCUUGGUUUCAGUGUCAAAAACUUAAAUUACCACAAUCAUGCGGGUACGAGGUGCAAUUACAAUAUGCAUCUAUUGGAUGGUCUCUAGGUGCAACUCUCGGGUAUGCACAAGCUGCACUCGACGAGCGAGUGGUUCUUUGCAUUGGUGAUGGGAGCUUUCAGAUGAGUCCACAAGAUGUGUCAACGAUGUUAAGGUUGGGGCAAAGAAACAUAAUAUUUUUGAUAAAUAAUGGUGGAUACACCAUUGAAGUAGAGCUUCAUGAUGGCCCUUAUAAUAUCAUCAAGAAUUGGGACUACACUGCGUUCGUACACGCCAUGCGUAAUCAUGAUGGAAAGUGUUGGACUGCCAAAGUUCAAACAGAAGAAGAGUUAAUGAUAGCAAUUGAGACAGCAAUUGAAGAUCAAAAAGACAGCUUAUGCUUCAUAGAGGCUAUUGUUCAUAGAGAUGAUACAAGUAAAGAAUUACUUGGAUUUGGAAACAGGAUUCUUGCUGCCAACAGUCAUUCUCCCAAACUUUUAUGA